AAGAGCUGAUGAAUCCUCUCAACAGCAUGACUCUUUUAUCGGAGGACCAGUCUACGAGGCCCCAACCCUGUCGGCUUGCAGAGCCUGAAAAACACAUCAGCACCAUGCAGCUUUACUCAACAGACUACAGUGGCUCCAAAGAGGACUAUAUGGCCAGCGGGGAAAACCCUGUGUUUGCAUCAGUGGAGCCUCCUAGGCGCUCACGGGGCCGCCUUAUCCUUCAUGGCCUGGUCAUGUUUGGAAGGGAAUUCUGCUAUGCUGUGGAGGCAGCGUUUGUCACACCGGUGCUGCUGAGCGUCGGCCUGCCCCGCAGUUUGUACAGCUUGGUGUGGUUGAUCAGCCCCGUCCUGGGCUUCCUGCUGCAGCCCAUCAUCGGCUCGGCCAGUGACCACUGCCGCUCAUCAUGGGGCCGACGGAGGCCUUACAUCCUGGCCUUGGGAAUCCUCAUGCUGGUGGGACUCACCCUUUUCCUAAAUGGAGAUGCUGUCAUCUCAGCAAUAGUCACUGAAAGGUCACUCAGGAGGAUAUGGGCCAUCGUGGUGGUGAUGUUUGGAGUAGUGCUGUUUGACUUCGCUGCAGACUUCAUUGACGGGCCCAUAAAGGCCUACCUGUUUGACGUGUGUUCACACCACGACAAGGAGAGAGGUCUGCACUACCAUGCUCUGCUCACAGGUUUGGGCGGAGCGUGUGGCUACCUGGUGGGAGCGAUGGACUGGGGUCAUUCUCUGCUGGGCCAGCUGCUGGGCACCGAGUACCAGGUCAUCUACUUUUUCUCAGCAUUGACCUGGGGCAUCUUCCUCACCGUACACCUCAUCAGUAUCCCAGAGAAACCUCUGGGCAAGAUCACAACACCCUCUGAGUCUUCAUCUUCCACUGCCCUCUGCCCACUGGGCUCCCAUAGCAACGGUUACGGAGCGCUGCCAAAAGAGCCCAUCUCCCCCGUGGUCCCGGUCCCAGACCUCAGGCCCAGGUCAUUCUCGGCUCUAGGGGAGGCCAACUCCGUAACCUCCAGUGCUAAGCAGCCAAACAAAGAGGCACAGAAAAGGAUGACAUUCAGGUCUUUGAUGAAGGCCAUGAUCAGCAUGCCAAACCACUACAGGUGCCUGUGUAUCAGUCAUCUACUGGGAUGGACAGCUUUCCUCUGCAAUAUGCUCUUCUUCACUGAUUUCAUGGGACAGAUUGUAUACAGGGGGAACCCUUACGCAGACCAUAACUCCACAGCCUACAUCACAUAUGAGAGAGGUGUGGAAGUUGGGUGCUGGGGACUGUGUAUUAAUGCUGUGUCUUCUGCUCUUUACUCCUAUGUGCAGCGCUUUCUGUUGCCCUAUAUUGGUCUGAAGGGGCUGUACUUUAUGGGCUACUUUGUGUUUGGCAUGGGCACCAGCCUCAUCGGCCUCUUCCCUAACAUCAUCGCCACACUGAUCCUCUGCAGCGUGUUCGGAGUCAUGUCCAGCACCCUCUACACCAUUCCCUUCAACCUGAUAGCUGAAUAUCAACGUGAAGAGGAGGAGCAGCUGAAGUUGCAUGGGAUCAGUGAAUCUCCGCGGGGCACCGGCGUGGACUGUGCCGCGCUCACCUGCAUGGUCCAGCUGGCUCAGAUCAUCGUGGGAGCAGGCCUCGGGGCCCUGGUCAACAUGGCAGGAAGUGUAAUCGUGGUGGUUCUCUCGGCUUCAACCAUGUCCCUGUUCGGCUGCCUCUUCAUUGCCCUCUUCAUCAGAUAUGUGGAAUGUUAAUGCUUAUAUGGUUAUUUUAAUGACAUUGUUUUGAUAAAUAAACAGUCUAUAUUA